GCCUAGGGAACCAAACAGCGCUGCCGCCGCCGCCGCUACAGCCCGAGUUGGAGGAGGGAGAAGCCAGGAAGAAAAUGGCGGCCGUGGCUGCAGAGGCGGCAGCGACUGCAGCGUCCCCCGGGGAGGGGGGCGCCGGCGAGGCCGAGCCGGAGAUGGAGCCCAUCCCCGGCAGCGAGGCCGGCACUGACCCCCUCCCGGUCACGGCUACUGAAGCAUCUGUGCCGGACGGCGAAGCUGACGGGCAGCAGUCCUCUUCUCAGGCCGACGAACCGCCGCUCCCGCCGCCGCCGCCGCCGCCGCCGCCGCCGCCGGGGGAGCUCGCCCGCAGCCCAGAGGCGGCGGGGCUGGAGCUGGAGCCUGAGGAGAAGCUGCCCGCUCGAGUAGUGGAGCCGGCGGCAGCCGCGCCUCAGGAAGGGCCCAGCUUGCCACCUUCUCCUGUACCGCCGCCGGAGGAGCCCCCGGCUCCCGAGGAGCGCCAGGAACCGCCGCUGCCCCAGCCAGCAGCCCCGGCUCUCGUGCCGCCGGCGGGCGGGGACUCCGCGGUGUCGCAACUGAUCCCCGGCUCGGAGGUGCGGGUCACGCUGGACCACAUCAUUGAGGACGCGCUCGUCGUGUCGUUCCGCCUCGGGGAGAAACUCUUCUCCGGGGUCCUCAUGGAUUUGUCCAAAAGGUUUGGGCCCCAUGGGAUCCCUGUGACAGUAUUUCCCAAAAGGGAAUAUAAAGAUAAACCCGAAGCCAUGCAGCUCCAAAGUAAUACAUUCCAAGAAGGGACAGAAGUCAAGUGUGAAGUGAAUGGUGCUGUUCCCAAUGACCCUUCUCCUGUCCCGCCUCCUGAGCUCAGCUUGGCCGAAAGCCUGUGGACUUCCAAACCACCACCUCUCUUCCAUGAAGGAGCACCUUAUCCUCCCCCUUUGUUUAUCAGGGACACAUAUAACCAAUCAAUACCUCAGCCGCCUCCUCGGAAAAUUAAGCGACCCAAACGAAAAAUGUACAGGGAAGAACCUACUUCAAUAAUGAAUGCUAUCAAACUACGACCCAGGCAAGUUUUGUGUGACAAGUGUAAAAACAGUGUUGUUGCUGAAAAAAAAGAGAUUAGGAAAGGUGGUGGUGCAAGUGACUCUUCUAAAUAUGAAGAUAAAAAACGGAGAAAUGAAAGUGUAGCUACUGUGAACAAGAAACUGAAAACUGACCAUAAGGUGGACGGGAGAAGCCACAGUGAAAGCCAGAGAAAAAACGCUGUGGUCAGGGUUCCAAGUAUCACCCACAGCAGAGGCCGAGCAGUCAGAGUGCCUGCUCAGGCAAACACGUCAAAAGCUCAGCUAAGUACUAAAAAAGUGCUCCAGAAUAAAAACAUGGAUCAUGCAAAAGCUCGGGAAGUGCUGAAAAUUGCCAAAGAAAAGGCACAGAAGAAGCAGAGUGAAACCUCUACAUCCAGAAGUGCGCAUUCAAAAGUCCAUUUCACACGUCGAUAUCAGAACCCUAGCUCAGGCUCCCUUCCACCCCGGGUUCGUUUAAAGCCCCAGAGGUACAGGAAUGAAGAGAAUGACUCUUCUCUGAAGACCGGACUGGAGAAGAUGCGAAGCAGCAAGAUGGCACCCAAGCCCCAGUCACGCUGCACCUCUACCCGCUCAGCAGGUCUCAACAAAUGGCAGCUAUUACAUCAGACAGUGACGAGCGCUGCUGCUCCCUUACAGUGUCUGACAGACCACUGUGGAUUCAGACUGGGAGCACUGACGUUAACAGUGAAACGGGCAGCACAAAGACAUUAGCAGGCUGCUGGUUUCAUGGACCUGUACCACAAUGACAGAGAACACCAGAGCAUCAGGACUGAAAGAAAUUGGAGACUCAGAUUUUUAAAGCUGCACUAAGAAGUAAAUGUUCAGGCAGUGGUUAAAACCAACAGUCUAUAAAGAGGCACGUGCAUAUUGUGCUAUAUUAAACUGAAGAAAAGGUAUUAGGGGAAUAUUUUAUUGAAAAAAAACUAUUGCAAUAAAUUAUGCAUGAGAUGAGGAGGAAAGUGAUGUGAAAUACGCAAAGAACUCUUGAAUUCUAUGUGUGAAGAAUCACUGACAGUACCUUCUUUUGAACGUGAAGUUCUCAGUACAGUUUGGACACGCCUAAAAGGCAUGGGAUGAUGACAGAAAUGCUGAAUUAUUUUUCAUAUUAAAACUGCUUUCUCCAAGGUUUACUGUUAAUCAGCUCAGAAAAGAUUAUCUAACAUCCUACUAAAAGGAUGGUAAAGUGUCCCUAUACCCCACCAAGAAAAUUUGGAUCUUUUCUUUAAUAAAGCAGGACUAUAUUAUCUUAAAUAUACAUUUGCUUGUUAGAACAUAUUAAGAUGUAUUUAUUUGCCACCAGUAUUUAAUAUUUUCUGCACAUUUUCAUACCUACAUUCUUAACUUUCAAAUUCUGACUCCAAGUGGAUAGGCUACUGUCAAUCUUGGAGUGAAAACAUACUCUCUAGGAACUAGUUCUUAAUCCUGCUGAGCUGGAAAGGCUUUAUUCUUCCUGUCCUUACUGAUUUUAUCAAGUUCACAAAAGGUGAUAAUAUCUGAAUUUUGAUACUGACCUCUCUCCACAGAGAGCCCCUCUUUCUAAGUGCAAGAAUUCCUCAGAGGUGUCCAAUGGGGGACAAGCAGCAGGAAUCAUAAAGAUGGUGAAGUUUUCAUGCAUAAAGUAUGAAUUCUUAUUCACAGAGACCAUAAUGUUUUACCUAUGAAAAUUACACAUUAUAAAAAAUCUUACUUUUUCUUUUUUAAUGAAUGGAGAAAACAUUGAGAAAACCAGAUGAACUUGUUAGUACUACAUUUUUAAGGCAUUUUAUAUUUGAUGGUGCCGUACUUUUAAUAAUAUACCUGAAGUUUUUUAGUGGCAAUACUGAUUUAUUUUUUAAACCAGAAAGAUAAUCCAUAGUGAUUACUUAAUACAAAAGGAAAAAAAUGCCAAAAAUAAAAAUACGAAAUUCAUUUGAAGCAACAUAAAUGAUAACUGAGCAUCUGGCUUCAGUGCUCAAACUUUGCAUAAUCUUACUAUAUGUGUUUGGAAUUACUUAUUAACCCCAAACUCAGGAUUAACACAAAGUUCUGGGUAAGUUUUAGAACAUUUACUAUACCAGCUAGGAUCUGUUUUACAACUCUAGAAAAGGUAGGCAGUCUUGCUUCUAGCAAGUUUAAUGCCAACCCUAACCACGCUGUAACUGAAAGUCUUGAUUCCAUUCUAAGAUUGUCUUUAUUGAAAAUUUUUUAUUAUGAAGUUAUUGUACAUUUGAUUAAGUCUGAAAGAGUCAGCUCAGGAACUGCAGCAGCAGGGAGCUCUAAACACAAGCGGCGCCCUGCUCUGGCCCAGAGCUUAGGCUGGGGUCCCUCUUGUUCUUUCAGAUCCGUAACCCAGCAGUACCACUUCAGGCUCAUUUCAAGAACCUGGUAACUCCCAGAUCAUAGCAGAUUUUGCAUAAUCAAAACUUCUAAUUGCAGAGUGAUGGAAAUGAUGAGGAAGUAACAUAAAGGCAAAAAGAACUGGGAGAGAUCAGGUUUUAAGUAUCUAUUUUUUAUGACAGUUCUCAGUGGUGGUAUAAAUCAGACUUUCAUUUUUUAAAAAAUGAAACUUGGUGGUAUUUAAAAUCUAGACAUACCAUGUUUGCUAUUUCACCUUCAUUGCUUUAGUUGCUUAAUAUUUAAGCUUUGCUUCAUGCUGCCUUCAUCUGUAUUUCAAAUCUUCACAAGCCUAUUUCAUUUUGUAGACUUGAAUGACAACAAUUGUUUCUCAUCUAAACUAUGCUGAGACCUAAAUGUUAAAGAAUGUUGUGUAACAUAUAUUCAAUAAAGUCUUGAUUUUUUUAAAAUUUAGUUAUUUAAAAACUAUUUGUUUACUACUUAGUUAGGUUUUAAAGAUUAUUUUUAAACUGUUAAGAUUCAACCACUUGUUCUCUAGGAAGCUGUUUUUAAGUAGCACUGCUUCCUUAGGAGAACAACCUAUAGUUUUAAUCACUGGGAGAUUUUAUGGGAUGUCUUUAUGACCAAGGAUAGAGGAAGGGAAACCAGCUUAAUAAGGAACUUGUGCACAAACAUUACUGUUUUCUGAUAGAAACAAUCUACAUUCAGAGCUGGAUGUAACUAAACAUCUACUGUUGGGUUUGUCUUAAUUUCAAGUAGUUCUACUCUUAUGGAUAAACGGUUGCUUCUUUAAAAGCUGAGUACCUCCAAUCUGAGGUCAAGUGUUUGACCAGAAACACUCAGUUUUUAGGAAAAAUUAGCCUCUGGACACCUAUCAGACAGCUGAGAUUUUUUAAGGCUGAUCCAGAAACUAAAGUCAGGUAAUUUUUUUUUUUUUAAAGUAAAGCAAUCCUUUAGAAGGCUGCCUGUUAUUCCAGAGUGUAUACAGAGUCUUUAACCGCAAACAUUCUCCCAUUUCAGUUUACCUAAAUGAGUGUAAGAAGGAAGCCACUGGAGUGUCUCCCUGAGAAUGCUGGCAUGUCACUGCACAUAAAAGUCUGCUUCCAGUGGAGAGGAGGAGGAGGGUAAAAGAGAAAGAAACCCCUGCUCAUCAGAGGUACAGGUUCCUUCUCAUCUUGCUGUCCUUGUUGGCAGCUUUGCUGCUCUGAGAUCUCCCCCUUUGAAAUAAAUCCCAGGUAAAGAACUUAAAGAUGCAUGCCUUUAAAUGCCAAGGCCUUUCCUGGGAACUCUUGGAAAGAACUUUUGGACUCAGUCUGAGAUUUAGCCCCAGGAAAAGCUCACCAUAUUCACAGAAACCCAGACUGACCACUCUCCAGACAGGCUUCCCAAAUCCGAACACACGUGCUCAGUGCUGCGGAUGGAGGGAGAGUCAUUGCACAGGCCUUGUCCCUGCGCGCCGGGGGCAGCACAGAGAGGCCCCGCAUGGGGCAGGAGACGGAUGUGUGAAUAGGAAGCCAGGAAA